ACGGGCUUUUUCCAAGGGCUGCCGGGCACCCCAAAACACCCCAAAACCGGCAGCAGGACACCUGGAGGAAGCGGAGGCCCCCAGCUCACCGGCCGGCCACAGCACUCCCAGGUCCUGGGGCGGGCCGCCACCAUUUCGUGCCCCGCAAGGCGGGGCAGCCCAGCGAAGUACCAACCCCAGACCCGCUGGAGGAGGAAGCGGGAGACUGGAGAGAGCUCCGCAGCCUGGGGGUGCGGCCUCCAGGCCCCACCCCGGUAUGAUAUGGCGGCCAGGGGAGGGGCGGAGGCCGUUGGGAACCUGCUGGGAGCUCUGCUGCGCGGCUGCGGCGCGGCCGGUCGCUGUCCCCGGGCGACUGAUGGAGAUGUUGGUGCUGGUGCUUCUCUGCUGCCUGCUGCGGGCGGGCAGCGCCACCCUCCUGGCGCCUGCAGGCACCCGGCUUGGGGAGGAGGGCGGCGGGCCGGGCCGCCCGGCGUGGGACGCAGGCAGCCGAGAAGGAGGAGCGGCAGCGGCGGCCCUACGGGAAAGCACUAAAAGAAUUAGAUUACUGAAUUCAUCUUCAAAAGAUAAUAUGACUGCUUUCUAUGGAAUAAACCAGUUUUCUCACCUAUUUCCUGAAGAGUUCAAAGCUAUUUACUUAAGAAGCAUACCUCACAAACUUCCCAGAUACUUAAAAGUGCCAAAGGGAGAGGAAAAACCUUUGCCAAAGAAGUUUGACUGGAGGGACAAGAAAGUAAUUGCAGAAGUGAGAAAUCAGCAAACAUGUGGAGGCUGCUGGGCUUUCAGCGUUGUGGGUGGUAUAGAGUCUGCCUAUGCAAUUAAAGGACAUAAUCUGGAAGAGCUCAGCGUGCAGCAGGUUAUUGACUGCUCAUACAAUAAUUAUGGCUGCAGUGGAGGAUCCACUGUUAGUGCUUUGAGCUGGCUGAACCAGACAAAAGUAAAACUCGUGAGAGAUUCCGAAUAUGCUUUUAAAGCUCAGACAGGACUGUGCCAUUAUUUUGGUCACUCAGAUUUUGGAGUUUCAAUAACAGGAUUUGCUGCAUAUGACUUCAGCGGCCAGGAAGAAGAAAUGAUGAGGAUGCUCGUUAACUGGGGUCCUUUGGCCGUAACAGUAGAUGCAGUCAGCUGGCAGGAUUAUCUUGGGGGGAUCAUACAGUAUCACUGCUCCAGUGGAAGAGCAAAUCAUGCUGUUCUCAUCACUGGUUUUGACAGAACAGGUAGUAUCCCUUACUGGAUUGUACAGAACUCUUGGGGGCCUGCGUGGGGAAUAGAUGGCUAUGUUCGUGUUAAGAUAGGGAGCAACGUCUGUGGUAUAGCAGAUACAGUUUCAUCGGUAUUUGUUUGACACUUACUGACCCAAGACUGAUUAACAUUUGGAUAAUAGUUUGACACACACUUUAUGUGAAGAUUUACUUCAACAUUUUCUAAAAUAAGAAAGGACUGUAAGGGCAAUUCCUGCUUUUAAGCAGUACAGGAUUGAGUUGGUGGGAAUUUUUAAAUGUGGUUUUGUUUGGAAUGUGCGAUGCAUAUCAAAGCUCUCAUGGAAUCAGAAGACUCUGAAUCAACUGCAGAGUACACAAAAAGACGUUACAAAGAUGGACUAAAACUGUGAAUGUGAAGUCUAUCCAAGUGUUGAAUAUUACUCCAUUAAAAAAAAAAAAGGAAAAGGAAAGGAGUGAUGAAAAAUAAGGAAUUGGAUGAAAUAAUCAAUAGUAUGACAGAAUAUAAUCAAAAUGCUGUGAAUAUAAGAAGAACCAUGAUUAGGUCUGCUUUUAUUGGCUAGGAAGGAAGGGCAGGUAGAAGAAUAUAUUCUCUCUGUUUUGCUUUGAUUCCUCUCUUGGCUUUUCUAGCACCUUUGACAAACACAUUUUGCCUCCUUUUUGUGAAAUCCUACUUUUUCUCUACAUCUAGAAUAGUAGAAGAGGGAAAUGGGGAGUCAAAGUUGUUUCCUGAGUAUCCACUGUCUCUGAAGUGCCACAGUCCUUCACUUUCAGUCUUCAGACCUUCAUCGGGUAAAUACAACUUCAGAGCUCUUCAGAGCUGGGAGUGUGUUUUGCAGAGUGCCUGAAAUAUUUAUUAGAUGGAUAGAAAAGGAGUAACUGUAUUUGAGACAAACUGAGGCAGUUCUAGUGGUUUAACAUCCUUUGUCCUGGGAGGAUGUAUGUGUUUUCAAAUCAGCCUUUCCGUGCUUUGAGAGCUCUGUCAGGUCCAUGCCUCCUCUCUUCUCUACUUCAUAAAUAAGUGAAGCCAGUGCAAAGCAGAAAUUAAAAACCUUAUUUAUUAUAGAAAAAAAUGGUGAGGGUGGGGUUUGUUAAUAUAUAUUGAGCACCUUUAGAAAAUCAGCAGUUAUACAAUACUGCAAAUAGAGUGGAUGUUAAAUUUCCAUACAUUAAUUGAAUUAAUAUAGGUGGGACUUGCUGGCAAUCAAAAGGCCCUGUUGACCUGUAAAAUUGUGUUUAGAGGCAAAUGUAAUUAAGAUUCACAACCAAACAUGUAAUUCCAAAAUGCUUUGAGUCUUUCAUCUUGAAUGCUUUACCUGUGUCCUUUCUAAAGCACUACUAUGAAAAGUAUUGAAGCAAUUCUGUAGUUUUUUGCAUUCAGUUACUGUACCUUGUCAAUAGAUCACCACAUUAUUAUCUUUUUAUGACAAAUGCAAUCAUAAUAGUCUAUUGUAAGUAUUAUAAUUUUAGUCCUUCUGCUUCUAAGUGUUAAUAUUUUAAAUUAAAGGAAGACCAAGUGCUAUGUUCUCGCUAUUUCAUGUUCUGCUACUUACUGAAUUUACUGGCUGAAAACUUCAGAUUAACAAGAGGGGAAGUCUUCUGUAGUCUUACAGUCUUCUGUAGUAUGGCCUUCCCUUAGCAGUUUACAAACAACAAUAGCACUCCUCCGCAACUGGAAAAAAAUAGCCAAAGGUCCUAAUUGACAUUGUUGAGAGUAAUGUUGUUAUAGUAGUAUCAAAAACUGACGUUCCACCAGUGGUUUUGAGGUGGUACUACUAAGUAUUAGUACCUAAAGUGCUAAGAUAAAGAACAACUCACCAGAAAUUAAGGCCUACAGUGUAUUUCCAAGGGAAGCAUUUAAAAAGACAAGAGUCUAUCAAUAAGAAGACAACACAGCUUUAUCAAUAUUCUAUGGCCAAAUUUGCCUUGCUUUUAUCAUAUAUCCAUUUUAUCCCUAUUUCAAUGAAAUUUUUAAUAAAAAAUCACUGUAAA